GAGACGCAGAAGCACGAAAGAAACAAAUCGGCAAACAGAGCAAAGAAACAAAAUACGGCGGCGCCGCGACGGUGAUAUCCCCCAUUACUUCGAGCUCGACGGUGAAUCUCUUGUUCACGAAUCACGGCAGAGGAGUGGUGGUAGAGAACAAGUUCCACACCAUUUCCCGUAUGUUUUACCUAUUCAAAAUUCCUUCAAUUUUAGGGCUUAUUUAACGGUUACUUAUAUUUCAUUAUACAUUAAUCCCCGCGCCGCCGAAGAAACUACUCGUUGUCUUCCUCCUCCGCUUUCACCCAUUGAAGAGAAACUCCCGUAAAUUACCGACAUAUAAGAGCGGUUCAGCUUCGUUCAAAAUUAUUAGAAGAUGGAUGAAAACGAGGAGAUGGAAAAGUUUGGUAUGGAUAAUGAUUACCAAGAUGGUCAGUGGAUUGGUGGCGAAUUUUACGGGACACGCAGAAAAAAGCGAAGUCAAACAAAAGAUGAUAUUCUCUACGGUGUGUUCGCCACCGGUGAUAGUGAUUCCGACUCCUAUGGAGGAUCGGGAUCAAAGAAGCGCAAGAAAGAUCUUAACAAGAAGACCGACUACUCCAAGCCUGUAAAUUUUGUUUCUGGCUCUGUCAUGCCAAGGCAGGAGAUUGAUCGUAAUUCUAAGGAUGACAGUGAGUUGAUGGAUGAAGAUGACACCAGACCUGCUGGUUUAGGAUUUGGGGCUUCUGCUGGGAUUGGAUUCAGUAAUGCUUCUUCAAAGAAUGCGAAUCGGGAAGUUGAUACACAUGAAGAGAAGGAUGAGGAGGAAGAUAUUCUUCCCACUGCUUUUGGGAAGAAGAUUAAGGAAGCUGCUCGGUUGCGGCGUGAAGAAAAGAACAAGUCUGUGCUGGCCAAGAAGUCAUCUGGCAAAAAAGAAUUGGACUCGGCUGGUGCUGGUGCAUAUCAGACGUUUGGUAAGGGAUACACGCUGAUCCAGAAGAUGGGCUAUCAAGGAGGCGCGCUUGGUAUAAAAAAGCAGGGAAUUCUUACUCCUAUUGAGGUCAAGUUGCGUCCCAAGAAUUCGGGCUUGGGUUUCAAUGAACCUAAAGAGGCUGCUCGUCCAGUAUUACAGGAACUGGAAGAAAAAUCCAUUCCACACCCCAGUCAAUCUUCGGAGGGUCGCUCGAAAGAGAGCCUUUGGUCAAAGAAAGAUUUGAAGAAGAAGAAGAAGGUUUACGUAACAGCUGAAGAGCUCCUGGCCCAGAAGCAAGAGCGAGGUAUCGAAAUUAGUCAGAAGAUUUUUGACAUGAGAGGACCACAAGUACGGGUUCUUUCAGAUUUGAAGAACUUGAAUGCUGAAGAUGAAGCCAGGGAGAACGGUGUUCGAAUGCCCGAACUUCAGCAUAAUAUCAGAUUGGUAGUUGAUUUAGCGGAGCUUGACAUACAAAGGCUUGAUAAAGAUUUGAGGAACGAGAGAGAGACUGUGGUUGCUUUGCAGAAGGAAAAGGAGAGACUGCAAAAGGAGGCACAUCAUCAGAAGCAGCAGCUUGAAAACAUGGAAGAGAUAGAAAGUGUGCUGGACCAAAUAGGCGGCAUGAGCUCCUCGGGAACCCUGACACUUGAAACCCUUGCUAAAUUUUUUGGGGAUCUGCAGAAAAGAUUUUUAGAUGAUUAUACAAUAUGCAACUUAUCAUGCAUCGCAUGCUCAUAUGCCGUGCCUUUAUUUAUUAGAAUAUUUCAGGGAUGGGAUCCACUUCAGAAUCCAACUCAUGGAGUUGAGGUGGUAUCUUUGUGGAGGAAAUUGUUACUAGGAAAAGAUUCAUUCAGUAUUUCCGCCACAGCCUCUCCAUACACGCAGCUUCUCAUGGAAGUUAUCUUCCCUGCUGUGAGAAUAUCUGGCACCAACUCUUGGCAGGCGCGGGACCCAGAGCCCAUGCUUAGGUUUUUGGAGUCUUGGGAACAGCUUCUGCCUCCACCGGUCCUACAGUCCAUGCUGGACAACGUCAUUAUGCCGAAAAUAUCAGCUGCCGUUGACUCUUGGGAUCCGCGUAGAGAAACCAUUCCUAUCCAUUCCUGGAUCCAUCCAUGGCUACCUUUGUUGGGACACAAGUUAGAGAAUUGCUAUCACACGAUACGUAAUAGACUGGCAAACGUUCUUCAUGCUUGGCACCCAAGCGAUAUGUCUGCGUACUACAUACUGUCUCCUUGGAAAUCUGUGUUCGAUACUGCCAGCUGGGAGCACCUAAUGGUUAGAUACAUCAUUCCGAAGUUGCUGACCGUCAUGCACGAAUUACAAAUAAAUCCAGCGAAUCAGAAUCUCGACCAAUUCUACUGGGUUCGAACAUGGGCGACCGCAGUUCCCACUCAUCACAUGCUGCAGUUGAUGGACAUUUUCUUCAACAAGUGGCAAGAAGUCUUGUAUCAUUGGUUAUGUUCGAAACCAAAUUUCGAGGAAGUGACAAAGUGGUAUCUUGGCUGGAAAGAACUUCUCCCGCCCGAACUUCAGGCGAAUGAGCAUAUUCGUCUCAGGCUCAACCUCGGCCUAGACAUGAUGAAUCAAGCUGUUGAAGGCAUGGAGGUGGCGCCACCUGGUCUGAAAGAGAACAUUAGUUAUCUCAGAGUGCGUGAGCAGAGGCAGUUUGAGACUCAGAAGAAAGCAGCUGCAGCACAAGCUCAACCACGGGCCGACAGUGGAAAUCAAGCAGACUCCACUAAUGGGGAGCACGAGAUGAGCUUGAAAGAAGUUAUCGAAAUCCACGCUCAGCAAAAUGGUUUGUUGUUCAAGCCUAAAGUUGGAAGAACACAAGACGGGCAUCAGAUAUAUGGUUUUGGUAACAUAAGCAUAAUAAUUGACUCUCUAAAUCAAAAGGUGUUUGCCCAAACAGAUGAUAGAUGGUCCCUCGUAUCCCUUGAGCAGCUUCUCGAGUUGCAUAAUCAUUCCAGGUCGAAGCGACGUUGAGUUCCGGAAUUGGAGUGGUUGCAGUCUGAUUUGGGCUGUCGUUAAGUUUUGGUAUGUCGUUCCGCUAUUCAGAAAUUUGAUUCUGCCUUUUUUUUCGUUUGCAAAUAAAUUGUUAUUGCAUGAAUGUAAACUGUGUUUAACUGUUAACAUACAUGCAGCUUCAGUGAACUGCCUCUGAGAUUCUCUUGAUUAAUCAAUGCUAUAGUGUUUGCACUUUU